UUCGUCAUGUUACCUCUGGAGUAAGAUUGUGACCGGGUAGCAGCAUACUCUACAUAGAACUGAUAGGCUACCAGCUGACAGUAAUGGUAGGUGUAUAGCAAUAAGAAGUGAAUGAGCAUAUUGUUGGCAGCUAUGGAGGCUCAUACGAAGUAUGUAAUAAUACCACAUUGGUCCUCAUUGGUUAAAUGUAUAGCAGUACUACAUUUACAAACUCACUUAAAAGCCUCUACCGUCAUUUUGGAAGAUAAACCCAUAUCUCCUCCCAACAGAGGUGUUUCCCUCUCAUCACGUGACCCAAAGUUGGCCCUGUCAGUGGUGGUUCUCACACGAUCUGUCGCUGUUACAUAUGUCCUGUGGAGAUUUGACAGUUAAACACGUCUGUUAUAAAAUGGAGAAUAGUGGCUGACUGGAAGGACAUCUUCUAGAACUCUAGACCUUCUAGAACGGCACUGGACAGAACACCUGGCGAGCACCGGCCUCAAUGAUGAGUGGAAUUACAAGAACUACCUUCUACGUUGUCUUGACACUGAAAGAAUGCUCUUAGGUUCAGGGAUAGCCAUCCUCCUCCUCCUGGCCACUACCAGUGCACAGCCCAGCACAAAGCCCUGCCGGUGUUCAGCUCUCCAGCCUUCAGGGCUACAGGUUAACUGCAGCUCCAUGAGCCUCAUGGAAGUGCCCCCUCUCUCUCCAGACACCACAGAGCUCUACCUCCAGGACAACCAGCUGUCCACAGUACCCUCAGGGCACUUUGACAGGCUGCAAAACCUGAGGAGGGUCACCCUAUCUGGGAACCCUUUCCACUGCGACUGUGGCAUCCAGUUCCUGAGGACCUGGCUGAGGAGGAACUGGGCUGUCGUGUCUGGUGGGGUGCCCACCUGUGCCAGCCCCAGUGGUGUGUCACACACAGCAAUCACUGCGCUCAGUGAUGCUUACUUCUCUUCCUGUGCCCAGCAAAGCUGUGCAGGGUGGGUGUAUGACACCAUGGUGGGGGUGAUGCUGUGUGGGCUCAUCAGCCUGCUGCUGUGGGGUCUGAGGCUGGCCAAGAACUCCACCUUCACUCUGGACAUCGAUCAGAGACAUGCAGGGUUGGAGGUGGACUCUCUGAGGUCGCUGAAGCCCAAACACAGGAGGCUCCAGAGGACUCUAUCUGAGGAGAGGGAGAACUCUGCCUCUCUCACCUGGACAAACGACCCAGAGAGACCGCUGAUUAACAUGGAGAUAUUGCCCCAAAUACUGGACGUAUUGCACAAGAAACACAAUAUAAAGAUAAAGACAAUAUAAGAUUUUGGGAUGAUUGUCGUGGACCAUGGGGUGACUGGGGAUUUAAAACCUAAGCUGGCGAUUGAGUGUUUUACCCUCUGUUGGAAUGCCAUUUAUCAGACUGUUUUGACUCUUGCCUUGAAUUGAUUUUCUUUUGUCAUGAAGCCUGUAAAAUCAUGCUCUGGAACUAAUGUCUCCCAUUGUUGUUAUGUAACAGAUUUGUGUUUUACACUUGUACACGGUAUCUCUCCAAUACAAAUAAAUGUAAUUGAGUAUAAAGUGCUCACGUCAAACACA